AUGGCCGGCCCCUCCCUCUCCCACAUCCUCGAUCCUCCUCGGCCACCGCCGCCAGUCCCGACGAGCCUCGACGCCGCAUCCGUCUUCUCCCACCACACAGCACUGUCGGCCGCCCUUCCCAUCGCCGGUCCUGGUCCCGGUGGCCCCGCUGCUGCCCAGCCAACGUCGGUCCCGGCUACGUCUUUUCCUGCCGAGUCCGUGCCCGUCCCCGCCCCGACCUUUGCCGCUCCCGCCUCGUCGGCCCAAGCCCCGGCUCUUCCUCCUGCCCAGCAGCAGAAGCAGUCCUCGCCGUCGUCGGCCGCCAAGGGCCACGGCAACAAUUUCUAUGCUUGCCGCGACUGUGGCCGCUCCUACUCUCGCCCCGAGCAUCUCGUCAGGCACGUCCAGACACACACCCUCGGCCGCCGCUUCAUCUGCGACAUUUGCCACAAGUCGUUUGCGCGCAAGGACCUGCUGCGGAGGCACGUCGCCAACCACGAAAACGACUCGCCUCAGAAGCGCCGCCGCACAGCUUCUUCCCCUGGAGCCGGCCGCGUGACCCAGGCAUGCCGCCCGUGUGCAGCAGCCCGUGUCAAGUGCGACGAGGCCAAGCCCUGCCGCCGUUGCCUCGGCCGCAAGCUCGUCUGCGUCUCUUCCGAGUCGGGAUCCGCCGCUGCCAUGCACCUUGUUCACCUCUCUGCCAACGCUCACACCUCCACUGCCGACCCCAACCCCGUCUCCAGUUCCGGAGACUUCCGAGGGGGAUCCUACUCGCCCGCCUCCCAGGGCCAAGUGCGAUCUGUCCUCGGCGGCUACGUGUCGAGCCAGGACGCUGCCACGGCCAAGAGCACUCCCCUGUCGCAUUCGACAUCCUACAAACCCGAUGACAGCAACAGUCGGCUACCGACGCCAGACACGGCUGUCGAACAAGCCAACAUCGUCCAUCACAACCCCCAGUCCCUCGAGCCGCCCAACGUCAUCGUAGACAUGGACUGGGACCCCUUUUUCGACUUUCUGCGAGACGUUCUCUACGAACAGCCCUACGACCCGUCCAAAUUUCCCGACUCGCAGGGCCUCGCUCCCCUGGACUUCUGCAACAAUGCCAACCUGGAGCUGACCGACAUGGACUUUGGGCUACUGGAUCACUGGAACCUGGACGGCAUAGUCGAGGGCACCCUGUCCGUGCAGGAGGUGGCCUCUGGCUCGGCAAACUCGGCCGACAUAUCUCAGAUGCGGCAGAACCUGGUGCAGGCAUGGACCGAGUCUCCCUGGCGCUGGGAUCCCAAGAACAACGACAGCGGGUACAAGGAGCAAAGCUUCCUGCCCGUCCCGGCCACCGACACGUGCAGCGCCCAGCUUCAGAUGAGGGGAAGGGGCUUCGAGAGAGUCGUGGCCGAGACGCUGGAGCAGCCGGGACGCGACCGCGUGCUGGCUAUUGUGCUGUCGACGUGCCGCCAGAACGCCAUGACCAACCGCGUUGCUGCGUCCUUCCCCACGGUCGAGGUCAUGGACACGCUGGUGCACAUCUUCCUCGCCGCCCAGGCCUGCCAAGCCGACGAAUGGAUUCACUUUCCCACCUUCAAGCUCAACGACCAGUGGCCCGAGUGGAUAGCCAUGGCGGCGGCCGUGGGAGCGGCGCUGACGUCCAUGCCCACUCUGCGCAAGUUUGGGUUUGCCGUGCAAGAAGCCGUCCGAAUUACCAUACCAACCCGGUUUGAGGAAAACAACACCACCAUUCAGCGGCUAGGCCUCGUGCAAUCUCUGAUUCUGGUCCAGGACCUCGGUCUCUUUAGUGGUAACCGGAGAAAGAUGGAGAUUGCCGAGUGCCAUCUCCAGAUUCCGGUGACGAUGAUGCGCUAUCGCGGUACGUUCCAGCGGUCAAAGUACCCGAUGACUGUGAUGGAUCCCUCCGACGAAGGAGAGGUCCUGAAAAAAAAGUGGAAAUCGUGGGUUGAGCGGGAGCAGUGGAAACGGCUCGUCUUCCACUGUUACGUCCGGGAGGCGCAGACGUCCAUGACGACACUGACGAACCUCUGCAUCUCCUACUCUGAACUCUCCCUCCCGCUUCCGGAAGCAAGGGAGCUGUGGCUGGCUGAAAAUGCGGUUCAAUGGAAGGAGCGAUAUCUGGAGAGGAACGCGGAGCAGAGCAAGAGAGCGCCGUCGGUGGGCGAUUUGUUACACGACGUGCAUCUCCUGACGCAGAACCACUCGCGCCUGGACGUGCAGUACUCGAUAUCCAUCUUCCUGCACGGCUUCUGGGCGCUCAUCCUCGAGUAUCGCCAGCUGAGCUCGGUGCAUCGGACCCGCUCCUACGCCAAUGGCCGGGGGGGAGGCAACGCCAUCCUGCUGCUGAACUCACGCCAUCAGGAACUGGUCAAGGACCUGCAGAGCUUCCAGCUCAUGACGGCCGAGUGGUCGGAAAUGUCGGCGCGGGAGCACCUGCUGCUCAACCUGCUCAUGCUCAACCUGCACGUCUCGCUCGACGACAUGCAGCUCUUCUCGGGCAAGGAGGGCGAGGACCAGGCGCGGCGCAUCUACCCGGUGCUACAGCAGUGGGCGGCGAGCGGCGAGUCCCGGUCGGCGGCGUGGUGCGCGGCGCAGGUGCUCCGGCACGCCAAGCUGUUUCCGCCCGACCAUCUAACGGACUUUUACGCCGUCGCCGUCCACCACGCCGCUCUGGCGCUGUGGACGUACGGCGUCGUGGCCAGGGCUAACCGCCGCCAGCCCGCGCCGGCGACGCGGUUUGCCGCCGAGCCCGUCUUUAUCGACGGUUCCGACCCCGUCGCAACCCAGAGGUUCGUCAGCCUCGGUCAGGGUCGCCCGCUGAUCAGAGGCCCUACGCCAGCGGCGGCGGUUCGGGGGAGCGGCGGCGUAUCGGCACCGGCGGCUGAAGCGUCACUGCUGGACCCGCGGGCGUGCAUGGAGAUUGCUCAGGACGUCCUGCGUUCCAACUUUUCGCGCUGCCAGGAGCUGCCGCCUAUUGUCGAGAAUCUCUGCCAUGUCAUGCGACAGCUCGGCAAUGCGGCUUGGGCUGUCGGCCUCGGGUGA